AGCUCACCUAAUCGAUGAUACUAUUAUAAGUUCAAACACUGAUAAUGAUAGCAAAUCAUUACAGAAUAGACAAUCACAAAGUCAAGUAAUGUGGACGCUCGAUGCACCUGUUAGUGAGAAUGGUAGCAAUUAUAGCCAAGGUCAACGACAGUUGAUAGCACUUGCAAGAGCAUUGGUGCGUAAAUCUAAAUUGAUUAUUAUGGAUGAGGCGACAGCUAGUGUAGAUUUCAAGACAGACCGUAUGAUCCAAAAGACAAUACGUGAGGAGUUUAGUGACGCGACUCUAUUGUGUAUUGCACAUCGGUUAAGAACCGUUGUAGAUUAUGACAAAAUUUUAGUGUUAGAUGCUGGAAAUAUUGUGGAGUUUGAUCAUCCAUAUAUUCUUUUGCAAAAUCCGGCUUCAGUUUUUCGUGGAAUGUGUGAUCGAAGUGGAGAUUUGGUAGAAUUGGUCGAAGUUGCUAGGGCAAAAUAUGAAAAAGAUUACGGAAAUAUUAGUGUUUAA